CUGGGCGGGGCCUCCCCGUUACCCAGCGGUGCCUCGCGCUGGGCCCCGGCUAGGCCGCGCCGCGCUGCGGGCGGGAUGGCGGUGGCGGUGCGCGCGCUGCAGGAGCAGCUCGAGAAGGCCAAGGAGAGCCUCAAGCACGUGGACGAGAACAUCCGCAAGCUCACGGGCAGGGACCCCAACGAUGUGAGGCCCCCUCAGAACAGACUGCUGGCCCUCUCAGGCCCUGGUGGAGGUAGAGGGCGAGGGAGCUUAUUGCUAAGGCGUGGAUUCUCGGACAGUGGAGGAGGACCCCCAGCCAAACAGAGGGAUCUUGAAGGCGCAUCCAGUAGGCUGGGUGGAGAACGCCGGACAAGACGAGAAUCACGCCAAGAAAGCGACGCAGAGGAUGAUGAUAUUAAAAAGCCAGCGUUGCCAUCUUCUGUUGUUGCUACCUCCAAAGAGCGAACACGUCGAGACCUUAUACAAGAUCAAAAUAUGGAUGAAAAAGGAAAACAAAGGAAUCGACGUAUAUUUGGCUUGUUGAUGGGCACUCUUCAAAAAUUUAAGCAGGAGUCCACAGUUGCUACUGAAAGGCAAAAAAGACGACAAGAAAUUGAACAAAAACUUGAAGUGCAAGCAGAGGAAGAAAGAAAGCAAGUUGAAAAUGAGAGGCGAGAGCUGUUUGAAGAAAGACGUGCUAAACAGACAGAGCUGCGGUUACUGGAGCAAAAGGUUGAGCUUGCCCAGUUGGUAAGUCCUAGUUUUGCUCUCAAAUUUCUCUUGUUUAGAAUGUAUGUUAUUAGGGAUAUUAAGGUCUUUUCUUUAAUUUCUCAGCAAGAAGAAUGGAAUGAACAUAACGCCAAAAUAAUUAAAUACAUAAGGACAAAGACAAAACCUCACUUAUUCUAUAUACCUGGCAGAAUGUGUCCUGCUACACAGAAGUUGAUGGAAGAGUCACAGAAAAAGAUGAAUGCACUCUUUGAAAGCAGGCGCAAUGAAUUUGCAGAGCAGAUUAACAAAAUGGAGGCCAGGCCCAGAAGACAAUCUGUGAAGGAAAAAGAACAGCAGGAGGUGCAGAACGAAGAAAAGAAGCAAGAACAGAACAAGGAGCAGGAAGAGGGUAAGGUGGCUCAGCAGGUGGAAGAGUUGGAGACAGGUAAUCAGCACAAUGAUGUAGAAAUGGAGGAGGUAGGGGAGGAAAAGGGAAAAACAGGUUCAGGGCAUAGUGAUGCAGAGAAAGACCAGGAAGAGGAAGAACAGAAAAAUGAAAUGGAGAUUAAAGUAGAAGAGGUGGCUGAGGUGAGGGAAAAUGACAAGCAACAGGAUGGUCAGCAUGAAGAGGUCACAGCUGUAAAAGAGGAUAAUGAAAAUACUCAGCCAGUGGAUAACGAGCAGGAUAUGGUUGAAAUCAAUGAGGCAGAUAGCAUAGAACCUGUAGAAAAUGAAAAUGGCAAAGUGGAACCAGAAAUGGAGUGUGAUGCUCGGCCGGAAAAAUUGGGUAAUGUUCUUUCUCCCGAGAAGGAGAAAGGUAUCAAAGCUGAAACUGAAGCUGAAACUGAAGAAAAACAGGAGAAGGCACCUGAAGCUCAGGCAGAAUCUGUGGCUGAGGCCCCAUGUCAGCCGCAGUCUGUGCCACUGCCGCAGUCACCUCAGUUGUCUCAGUCUGUUCAGGAUGCAGAGCCCCAGGUAGACAAGGAUGAAAAUGCUGUGGUGUCUGUAAAGGUGGUUGAGGCACAGACAGAGCAGAGUCAGACACUGAGCGUAGAAAUUAAAACUAAGACUAGGAGUAGAAGCAGGGGUAGAGCAGGGAACAAAACUAAGAGUCAUAGUCGUAGCAGCAGCAGCAGUAGUAGCAGUAGUACUUCAAGCAGUACUACUAGUGGGAGUAGUUCCAGCACUGGCAGCACUAGUAGUCGGAGUAGUUCCAGCAGCAGCAGCACUACAAGUGGAAGUACUAGCAGGGACAGUAGCAGCAGUAGUUCUAGCAGUAGUGAAAGUAGAAGUCGGAGCAGAGGAAGAGGUCAUAACAGAGACAGAAAACGCAGGAGGAGCGCAGAUAGGAAGCGAAGGGAUGCUUCAGGAGUAGAUAGAAGUCACAAGUCCUCAAAAGGUGGGAGUAGAGAUGCAAAAAGCUCAAAGGAUAAAAGUUCAAGAUCUGACCGAAAGAGAUCUAUAUCAGAAAGUAGUCGGUCAGGCAAGAGAACUUCACGGAGUGAAAGAGACCGUAAAUCAGACAGGAAAGACAAAAGGCGUUAACAGAAGAGACCAAGCUUCCUUAGCUUAAUCUUUGCAGCAGAAGAUUAUUUGAGUUGAAAGGAUUCCUUGUAAGGAGGAGAAGGCUGCCUUAAGAAUUGCAUGCUGUAAAAAAUCUUUUGGAAAAAUGCAGACUGUUUACCAGGCAUUCUUGUACUUUUUACAUAAUUUUGUAAAAGGUUACCUACCAAAAUUAUGUGAAGUUCCUGAAAAUGUAAAAAUAAAAGAUUAACACUCCUUUGCAUCUUUUUUUAAAUAUCCUGUACUCAUUAAGAUCCUCUGUAUAUUUUAAUAGGUAAAUCUUUAAGUUGGUGUGAUCACUUCUUCUGUAUCAUAAACUUUUUUUUUGUAGAAAUAAAUGUGCAUUUUAAAUAAAUCGAGAUGUCCUGUUGACACUUAAAUUCCCCUUUUAGAUCAUAUGUAAGGAAGCAGUGUUGCAGGAAACUUAAAAUUUUGCCUUUCCCCCCCAUUCCUUGCAAGAAUGGGAAUCUUAAGACUCCUCUAAAGGGAGUAAUCUCUCCAGUGCUAGAUAGGAAGGGAAAGUAAUCGCUUUGAAUCUAUGCUUUUUUGCUUUCUUCUGUAAUCACAAAUUUUUACUCAACUCUAUAUUCCAGUUAUGAAACUUCUUCCUACCCAUAGGCAAGCAGUGAUUAAAUGUGAACACUUAAUGCUGACCAAGAUAACUCAAGUCAGUCUGGAAUACCACUCUUACCUGCCUUCUGCAGGUCCUUUGGUAGUGUUUACGUCUAUGUUCUGGAGGUAGUUACUAUGUUUAGUGAUGUUCCUUGCUUUGAUGGACAGUGGAGGAAAGACUUCAGCUCGCUUCCCUACCAGGAGUCUCUUUUUUAGUUAUGGUCUGAUCUUUGAUCCCUUCAUACCACUAGGAAUAAUAACAUCGCAGUGUUGGAGUUACCUGGGACUACCUAAUACUAAUGUCGUGUGUGUGAAAGAAUGUUUUCUGAAUGUAUUUAAUACAAUUCAAAGUGGUAUGGUGUUAUCUAUGAAGGUGAAUACUGUUUUUAUAUAAUUUUGUAUGGAAAACAAUAACAUCUGUUGCUCUGUUCUGUACAUGUGCAAAUAAAUGUGGCUUUGUAGACUA